AUGGUCUACAACUGGGACGCGCAUGAGCCAAAAUGCUAUCGCUUGUACAUCGAUGAAAAGAAGUCCCUCGAGGAGAUCAUGGACAUAAUGCGCAUCGAGGACAACUUCACCCCAAGCAAGCGAGCCUAUCAGACCCAGUUCCGACGUUGGAACUUUCCAUCAAAGCAAAAUCCAGCCCACAAAGAUGGCCGGCUUGUUGCGCGAGUCAAGGAACUUUGGGAAAGGAACCUGUCGCAAAAGGAAAUACUGCGCAUACUGAACGACGAGGAUGGCUUCGAAAUUAAGCAUCGAGAAUUGAUGCGCGUGCGCGCCCGCAACCGCUGGCUACUCCGUACACCGAACCCUCACAGAACCUUGAUGUCCGACGCUGCGCCAGAUCCGAACUCGAACAACCUUCUAUCAGAAUCAGACCCAGAGGAUGAAGAAGUAGAAGACGAAGAAGAAGCACCUGAACCCAAUGCAAGUGCUGAAAGGUCUGCAAAACAGAAAGAAAAUGAAUAUGGACUCAGCAAAGAGUCAAUGGUGCAUUGGGAGGCUCGUAAGGGAAGGCGGCGCAUUCGCGUUCGUUCUGGGUCAGCUGCGGUUUCCCCUGGACAGCCUCGAUUCCCAUCAGAGACAACCAUCGACCAGAGUCGAAUAAUACUUGGCCUUGACAUGAAGAUGUAUCAGCAAGUGCGCUCUCGAUUUUCCAAACUAUGUGAACAAGACGGCGUCAGCAGGAAGACGGUAGCCGGCCCUGAGAAAUGGGAAGCUACAAAAAGCCGUCUGAUUGAGGAGAUGCCACACCUACAAUCAGCCUUGUGGGUUGAUCACGAUGAUCUCGAGAGUAGAAAAUUGGCUCUUGACGUGAUAUGUACUGAUGUCACGAAGCGUAUGCGCAGCAUGGAGCACAAGCUGACCAUCGCUGAUGCAAAGAGUAUACUGGGCAUUAACCCACAACAGUACAGAACCAUGCGCCAGGACUUUGCCGGCCUUCUUAAGGACGAUCACGCCACAAGCAAGACUGAGGCGGGGCCCCAGCACUGGGAAGAACUCAAAGAACAGUGGCGGCUCAACUCCAACGUUGUGCAAGAGAUACUGGCUACUGGCGUCAUGGACCAGGAUAGAUUGCGAGCGAUCGAUGUAGUGGCACGGGAUGUGAUGAAGCGCUUACGGGAUGGCCAAGGCAAGAAUGUCUCUACAAAGACUCGUCCAAAAGCUAUCCCGCAGGUCAGCACUGGAGUCAUGUUGGGUGGCGAUGAAGCGGAUGCGCAUACGCCUGACUCGUCAAAUGAGGACGCCACAGAAGAAGUUCACGAGAUGGAUCAUGACUUUAUUCCGGCUUCUCCAAUCCAAUAUCCUCGGUCCUCGACGCCGACAAUACUCCAUUCGCCCAACACCGCAGAUAUUCGCAUGGGUCAUGACGCCCGUCAUGUCACAGGGCAGAGUCACGCGCGGGAUACACGCCUAGGCCUUCAACACCACCAAAGUCUCCAUCCUGCCUUGCCGCAAAACUCAGUCUUGGCACCCGGGCCGUCACAGCAUCAUUCCUCAUUGUUGCCAGACACUUUGCUAAGUGGAGGUCUUCCCAUAGAUCCACAUCUCAGCAGCACUCUUCCCAUGCUUAUCAACGACCACAGCCAAAAUUUGGGUACUCAACAAUCACAACCUACCUUCCCUCUCACCCAGGACCUCGCCCCAACGCUUGGCAGCACUUCGCACACAUAUGUGCAGAGCAGUUAUCUACCUCAUCCAAACCCAAGUCCGCCAGUGGCCGUGUACCUGCGACUGCACCCGUCAUCACCAAUCACAAUAGCACCGCCAAUUUGGAUUACCACAUUGACGACUCGGACAUUGAAUGAGUUGCGCCAGGUGGCUUGCAAAGACUUUGCUGGUACUGUUUGCGGUCGUGUCGAGGGCGUCUUGGACCGAGAGAUGACCAUCGAGGUGAGCAGGGACGACGAGCUGACGGCUUACCUGAUGGUAUUUGAGGGAAGAAACCGAAGCUCAAUGUCUGGACCGCCCUGUUUUGUAGUGCAACUUCUCCCGGCCGAAUGGAAGACUUAG